AUGACGAGUUUAACUCAACUGCGCACCGUCAUGGCCAACUCGGCCUAUUUUUCGGUCUCUGGACGGUCUGAAACCCAAAGCACGUCUGUUCUCCCGAAACUCAGCAGCCAGGGGAACCUCAUUGCUGGAGCAACUGCCAGGGUUGCCGUUGGCUUCCUACUCAAUCCAUUUUCUGUGCUGAAAGCGAGAUACGAGAGUAACAUGUACUCAUAUACAAGUCUGUCCAGCGCACUGGCUUCAAUAGCGCGUUCGGGCCCCUCUGAACUCUUUCGUGGAUUCCUGGCAUCUUCGCUAAGAGACGCGCCCUACGCAGGAAUUUUCGUAGUUGUUUACGAAGGCAUCAAAAAACAAUCUGCUUCUGCAUUUCCCUCACACUCAGAGACUCAAUCUGCCUUUAUACAUACCAUAAGCGGCGCCUCAGCUGGAGCCAUCGCAACAAUGGCAACACACCCUUUCGAUGUGAUCAAGACCAAAGUGCAAGUACGAAACGAGAACCGAUAUGAUGGCUUCUUUCGGACAACAAGAACGAUAUGGCAGCAACGUGGAAUUUUAGGCUUCUUUGAUGGAGCCUCGCUACGCCUAUCACGCAAAAUCUUCAGCUCAGCUAUUGGCUGGGCAGUUUAUGAGAGUGUGCUUGUUUUUAUGAAGUCCUGA